AUAGUGCCGAAAGUGUUAUGAUGAAGCAGCAAAAGUUUAUCGUCCUAGGUGCCGGCAUAAACGGACUGUCAUGUGCAUUCCGUCUCUCAGAGCGCUAUCCAGAAGCUCUAAUAGAAAUAAUUAGUGAACGGUUCAGUCCCAACACUACCAGCGAUGUUGCCGCAGGGCUCUGGGAACCUUAUCUAAGCGGAGACACUUCGCAGAAGCUGCUCAGAAAAUGGUCCCGGGACACGUAUGAAUAUUUUCAUCAAUUGUGGAAAAGUGGACGCGCCGAUGAAUGUGGCAUCUCUUUGAUACCGCUCAUAUCGUGUUCUGGGAGUGCCGAGCCGGAUGACAUCUUUUGGAAGGAUUUCGUUUUUAGCUUCCGGGAAUUGACCCAUCAACGACUAGAGCAGUUGGGACGUGAACAUGGAGAAGAGUACAGGUCAGGAGUGGAAUUCAUCACGUUUACAUGCGAACCGACGAAGCUGAUGCAAUCGUACACCGAUGCACUCGCGUCACGUGGCGUAACAUUUCGCCACCGAAAGAUUGGCUGUUUCCAAGAGCUCGCCCAAGAAUUCCCAUCGCACUCGCUCGUUGUAAUCAACUGUCUAGGAAUAGGUUCGGGUGCAAUUCUGAACGAUAGUCAAAUUGAACCCAGUCGCGGACAGGUACGACGCGUCGAGGCACCAUGGCUGUUUCAUGUUUUCAUCAACGAUUCGGCGUAUGUUAUUCCGAAUACCGGUAGCGUUACGAUGGGCGGUACGAAGCAAGUGGGUGACUAUGAACUCCAAUCCAGGGAACGGAAUGCAGAUACGAUAAAUCGGGCUUGCUGCGGGUUGAUACCUGCAUUGGAACGGGCACCGAUAAAGGGCAAUUUUGUAGGAUUGAGACCACUAAGGCAAGCCGUUCGAUUGGAGGUGGAAUGGUUUCAAACAGAACGUGGCGAUCGUUUUCCGAUGAUACACAAUUACGGUCACGGGGGCAGUGGCAUCACACUUUCUUGGGGGUGCGCUGGAGAAGUUCUGAAUCUGGUGCAGGAAGUUAUCUGCGAGGACGGUCCGUCCAGGAGUAAAUCAAAGCUGUAGGAUGCUCGCUGCUUGUGUCAACAUUGUAAAGAUGUCU